AAACGGAAAUUGCAGCAGCAAUUCUUCUAGAAUUUUGUAGCAGUUUGUGGCUAGCCCGCGCUGGGUGUGUGUUUCAAUUGUUUUUGCCUGAACCGAAAACAGCUGAAUUGAACGCAAGUACACAUUUCUGAAGAGUACUACGUUCUUAUGGUCUAUGUUGUUUGAUUAAGGAGCCGGUUAGCUUCGUUUAGCCCACUAACUUAGCCGAGUCAUUUUCCAAGCUAACGCUGCUUGCGUAGUUGGGUUGUUGCUGGCACUAUGUCCAGGAUAGACUACAGUGUUUGGGACCACAUUGAAGUGUCUGACGAUGAAGACGAUACCCACCCAAACAUCGACACACCCAGCCUCUUCAGAUGGAGACACCAGGCACGCGUGGACCGGAUGGAAGAAUUUCAGAAAAAGGGUGAAGAUAUGAACAAGUCCCUCCGAGAAUCCCGGCGUAAACUGGCAGAGGCACAGAAGAAGGUGCAAGAGCUGACCAUCUCCACGACGGAUGAUGCCAAGGCAGAGCUGGCCAAAGCCCAGGCUGAGGAGAAAAAAAUGAGAAAGGAGGAGAGGGAGUUGGAGAAGAAGAUGGACGAAUUCAACAGGGAAGAGAAGAAGAUGCCAUGGAAUGUGGACACACUCAGCAAGGAAGGGUUCAGCAAGAGCAUUGUUAACAUAAAUCCUGAAACUGCUGAUGAGACGGAAGAACAGAAGGAGCAAAAGCAUAAAACCUUUGUGGAGAAAAAUGAGAAGCAGAUCAAACACUUUGGUAUGAUGCGACGUUGGGAUGACAGCCAGAAGUACCUCUCUGACAACCCUCAUCUAGUAUGUGAAGAGACAGCAAACUACCUGGUCAUCAUGUGCAUUGACCUCGAGGUUGAGGAGAAACGCGCAUUGAUGGAGCAGGUGGCUCAUCAGACCAUUGUCAUGCAGUUCAUUCUGGAGUUGGCAAAAAGCCUCAAGGUGGAUCCCAGAGGCUGCUUCCGACAAUUUUUUGCUAAGAUCAAGACAGCAGAUCAGCAGUACCAAGACGCCUUUAAUGACGAGCUGGAGUCCUUCAAGGAACGGGUUCGGGGCAGAGCAAAGAUCCGCAUAGAAAAGGCCAUGAAGGAAUAUGAAGAAGAGGAGCGACAAAAGCGUAUAGGACCCGGGGGAUUAGAUCCUGUCGAAGUGUACGAGACCCUGCCAGCUGAGAUGCAGAAGUGCUUCGAUGAAAAGGACAUUGGAAUGUUACAAGAAGUGAUUAGUAAAAUGGACCCCACGGAGGCAAAGGUUCACAUGAAGAAGUGCAUAGACUCGGGUCUCUGGGUUCCCAACUCCAAGAUGGACGGUGGGGAUGAAAAAGAGGACGAUGCUACCUAUGAGGAGGUGAAACAGGAGCAGGAAGAAACUGAGAAGGAAUGACCAUCAUUGAUCCUAUAAAUUGAAAUUGCUUCUUCAAAUGUACUUUCCCACUGUAUUGCAACUCCACCCUGUGUGACUAGUUUGCCAAUUAAGGAACAAUGAAAUAACUUCUCUAAAGUAUUUAGUGGAGGCUUCAGGGUUUAGUGUUCACCAACUGCACAAGUACGUCCCGUCAACAACUGCUAUUUGGAUGAAAUGGGUGUUUUUAGGUGUUUUAUUUGUUUGGACAUUACUAAAGGUGCAUCUUUACAUUUAAUUUGUACACACCUGUUAAUUUGCUUUGGAGUUCAUGUGCACACAUACCUGAUGGCUUCAUUUGUGCUAUUGUUUAGUUGAAAUACAUUCUAUACAUUGUCAGAUUGUGCAUAUAAUUUUUCUUUUUUAUUUCCAAAUUGAAGGCUUGUGUUUGACUUUGAGGGAUUCAUGUAUUAAGAUGGUUAUUUCCUGGACAUUUUCUACAAACUUGCUUGACUAAAAGUUGAAUAAUAUCCAAUAACUGACGAUCAAAGUACUGUGGUAAUGUCUUUAUACUCGCUGUGUUGGUGUCAAUCCACACAAAUCAUCAGAUAAGAGGUCUAAUGUGUGAGGUAUAAGAGAAUCACAAGAAGAAAAAGAUCCAUGAUAGAGCAAGUGCACAUGUUCAUGGGUUUUCUAAUGAAGCAGUUGGUCAAUGAAAGUGUGACUCAGACUAUGUUGACUGUGCCUCCACUGCACUCUGAUAUAAAUAUGCUCUCCAUUGCUUUAAAAA